AUGGAGAGAAACGCUGGGAGGCGCGCCAGAUUGACCAGCCGUCCAGAGGCUCAAGCGGGAGCCUUACGACAACAGCCAGCCCAUUUCCAUUACUUCCAAAAGCUGCCGACCCAAAUACGUCUGGUGAUUUGGAGGUUGGCCAUAUGUGACCCCGAGACACCAAGACUUCACUACUACUCCCUGUUCAAUGAGGAACAUGACGGAUACCGACAAAGCUUUCUGCCACGACUCAUAUCCAUCUACAUGAAUCCUCCUGGGCAAAAUAAGAGGCAUGUUCAUCCGAAGGACAAGAAACCAGAACCAGUCGAACGCCGUCAGUUGCGAUCUCAACCGUGCCAACUAACUUGGGCCGAGGCCAAUCGCGUACACUACUACUGGAACGCGGGACUCCGGACUGCUUGUUGGGAAUCGCGCAUCGUUCUGACCCAGUAUUACAAUCGAUAUGGAAAGACCAAGUCGUCAGUCAGAGAAGGGUCUUCUGAAUAUCCAAUACUAAUAGAAAGUUCUCCAUCUGAGGAUUAUCUCUCGUCAGAAAGACCUCUUUCGGCAGAGGAAAAGAACAAGACUGCGCUCAGCCGAACCAUCACUACAUUGCCGGAAAAUGGUGGGAGGGUCUAUCUCGAUUGGUGGACGGCAGAUAUAGUGUGCUUCCGAUUUCCCCAGGAACACAUGGCUGCUUGCGUUUAUUUUGAGUGGGAGAAAUUCCUUACCCGCCUUCCCUUCUUCCAACUUCCUUAUGCCUCAGCUUUGAAUCUUGCCUUUGAGUUUGAAGAUGGCUGGGAGAAGGGCUUAGGGGAGACUAGGGAAACUGUCUGUCAUUAUCUCUCUGAAGCUUCAACAAGAGGUCUUAUGAUGCGGGCUUGGUGGGACUGGUUGACAGGCAGGAUCCCUAUAUGGACCCGUUUGUACCUGAUCAAUCCUCGGAACGACCUUCCCGGACGUCAUAGACUGGCAAAAGGUUUCCGAUACUACUACGAUGCCGUCUAUGGCUCUGAGUACCCCUGCAACAGUACGGACCAUCGUGUUUUCUCCGAUGGCGAGAAAAGAUACGUUGAGAGCUAUGACUGGGAUGAGAGAGGGCGAAACCGUGACAGUAUUGCGGCGCUUGCCGAGUGA